AUGAGGUAUUAUAUUAUUGCUGCCACAUUGUUUUGUUCGGCCACGGGGUCUCAUUCCCUCACCGCUGGGGGCGCCGAUGCUAACGCAGAAGGCUCUGCAAAGGCGGUGAUACGACACCUGAAAGAGAUGCCCCCCCCUGUAAAGUGCGGAUGCCAAGAUGGAUACACUCUCACUGACGGGUCCUGCAUCCGGACGUUCGAAAGUGCACCCCAGGAAAUAUGCCAAAUCGGGAAUAUAAUGGACGGCCUCUGCGUAAUGCCUGCACAAGCCGUGAUACAGUGUCCUGAGCACUACAUCACGGUUUGCAACAAGAAAGACAGGCUGGAAUCGCCCUGUUGCGCCAAGCCAGUGACAGCAGAGAGGAUUUCUAUUUGUCCAAACGGAACAGAGUUCCAGGAUGGCUACUGCACACGGUUUAUUGCUCAUCAGCCGAUCGUCGAAUGCCCUGUCGGCUUUGGUCUCACCGAGACUGGAACUCAGUGCGUUCAGGAAGAGAUUGGAGAGCCUGUUCCCAUAUGUGUCCCUCCGGACGUUCUGUCACCGGAUGGAGAUUCUUGCAUAACAACAGUUGAGAAAGGAUUUGAAUAUGUUUGCCCGGAUGAUUAUGCGUGCAUUUCGUACAGCAUAAAGAAGAAAAAGAAAUACAGCCCGAUGUGUUCCGCAUGUGCCAAGACAACGGAGACACUGCCACGUUGUGGAUGCCCUCCUGGCCUGCAGGAGGUUGAAGGCUUCUGCUACGAUCCAGAUAUUUAUGCUCUGUGUCAAACUCGCCCAAUGGUCCCCCGAAAGCAGGCACCAUCAAAGAAUCAGGUAGCAUAUCCGUCGAAAGAUGUUCCUGAGCCGGAGCCAGAGAUUGACUGCUCACCAGUCGCACCCGUCGCAUGCCAGUGUCAACUUCCGUUUAGCCUUGAAUGCUCCGGAAAACUGUGCAGAUGUCUCCACCGGGAGGUGCUUCCCACCAUGCCAAUCUGCAGAGGGGAGCUUGACGAAGGCGGGAAUUGUCUAAUUGGGGCCAAAAAGCAACCUGGCUACACUUGCCAGGAAGGUUUCACAUGUGAUGUCAUUAACAAGAAGGGCCAAUGCCGGUGUGCCCGAAUUCUAGUCGCUGACCCCAUCUCCAGAUGUCUCGUUGGAGAACCCCACGACAACAGAUGCAUUGAGGUCAUCAAAGAGGACAAGGUUGUGGAAUGCCCACCUGGAUAUAAUGAUGAUUGCUGUGAUAAUCAGUGCCAAUGCACCAAGACACUCAUGGCCGUGCGACAGAUCAAGUGUGAAGAUGGUGCAGUAAACAUUCAAGGGCAAUGUGCUUAUGUAUCAAAACCUUCACCCGGAUGCUAUGAGGGCAUGCUUCGAGGCGAUAGGUGCAUCCAGGAGGUCAUCGUCCCGCCCGUCUGCGGAUAA